AUGCACCAACCGGCCCUCACCCAGUUCCUGAAUGGGAUCCUUCACACACGGAAUGGCCUGAUGUUGGUGUGGCCGUUAUUAUGGUUUCUCGCGGAGCUGAGUUUGGGCGAGUUGCCCAAGUGGCGGAUUCAACGUAGUUGCGUCCCUUGUGCUGCUGUUUACGAGCCGUUUUGCGCUGUGGUGGAGGUCAACGGGGUGUCGACCGGCUAUUGUCUCUCUACACGCGAGGUUUUUCAACUGGCUUGCGGGGGUUUUAUUCCUGCUGGGUUUCUCUCAUAUGAUGAUGUUAUCUCGACUGGCAUGCAGGCCUGUGAUGACGAACGAAUUCAUAUGGUU